GUGACAGAUAACUGUACGAUUUACAAUAAAUUAACACCAAAAAUCUGUUUUGAUUUUAUUAAAUUUCUAAAAAAGCAUUGCACCCUACAUUGUUUCGUAAUGCCUGAAGCUAGUUGAUGUUGUUAAUUGUGUAGGGUGUUAAAUAAUAUUCUUAGGGUCCAAAAAUAACAUAGAAAAAUGAAUAAUACACACCAUUCCCUAAGUUUUUCGUUGAUAAGUGGAGAACUGUGUAAUUUACUUUAUUUAAAAGAAUACAAUAAAGAAAUUGUGAAUAAACUGAUAGACGACUUGAACGCUAAGCCUUACAAAGCAGAGAUUUUCGUCAGAAAACACGAUGCUGCCACUGUAGUAACAGCUCUUUGCCUUAAUGUGAAGCCAGUCGAUGAGUUUUUAGCUGCUAAGACCUCCCAUUUAAUUAAUAGUUUAAUAACAAAACAAAAUUUAGAAUUUGAAACAGAUUAUCUCUGGAAAGUAAUAUCGUGGCAUAUAGAAUGUUUGAAAUAUUGCACAGAUAUUGUAUUGCCGGAUAUUCUCCAUAGUUUACAAUGUAUCAUAGAACUCAAGCCACAGGCAACUCACAAGUUCAUAAAAGACCUAAUUGGUGUCCAAGGGGUCUUAAUCAGACUUAUAGACUCCUCCAAAUAUUUCCCAAAGUCUCAAAAUAGUUUGCAAAAUAUACAUUUGAUGGCUCUGAAAUGUAUCUGUUGUGUUAUGUCUACUGUGGAUGAGGUACAUAAAAAUGAGACUGAUAAGAAUAUAUCUUUGGAAAUAAAGGAACAUAUGUCCUCAACAGUUGUUAAGUUUUUAAUGGCUGGAUAUUCUAAGUCUGAAGAUGAUUUUCUAUAUUGUAAGAUACUUAUUGCAGCUCUAAGGGUAUUAUCUCAAAUAUACUUCAAUGAUCCGGACAUAAAUAUACCACUGCCAGAGGUGAUGGGUAUUUGUAGGUACUGCAUAAUGUAUGGCCUUGUUACCCAGAAGAAUCGGCCUGAGAAGAUCAUGCCUGCCCAACAGACCAUUCCCAUAGCACCUGUUUUGCGUAAACCUAACACUAAAGGUGGUAAGAAACAAAAAAUAAGGAAGCAAAGGAACAAUGCAAUGGAAAGUUUGAAGAAAGAGAUUCCAGUGUCGGAUCGCAGUCUUAUGAAGGAUGUUGACAACUUCGAUAAUAAUUCUGCAUACAAGCCUGCCGCACAGCAUUACUUGGAGCCCCAGAAAGCUAAGAGCUACUGGGCAUUGACAAGUGAUUCUGAUAUGUCAGAUGUAGAGAACAGUAAAGAGGUUAAACUUAUUGCCUUGAGGUCUAGGGUGAGGCAGAGUGCUUCCAAUCUUCUCCUGGUUUUAAUUAAAGUAACAGAGACACGAGAUAUAUUUGGUUACUGGUGGGCCCUUCUUCCUGACUCUCCGGAUCCUGCUAACUGGUCUGCUGGGGAAUCCGCAAAGAAAACCUUAGCGUACUGCGCUGUCACCGAUCCUAUUGCCAGCAGUCGGUCGAGUGUACUGUGUGUUAUUUUAGCACUUCUUUCUCGAUAUAGGGUGUAUUUAUUUCAAGCUGAAACUAGCAAAAAAGAAAGUUCAUCGUUUAUUCCGUUCUCCGAAUCUCUUGGUUAUAUGAUAGUUUGCCUGCACAAGGUUCUGACUAAUAUCUUGGAGAGCGAGCGAACUCACGCCGUGAUCAUAGUUGCUCUGAAGUGUUGUGCAGCGCUCGUGCAGGCGACACCUUAUCACAAAAUGAAAGAAGGCCUUAUAACUCAACUUGUUAUGGCUACGAGAAAGUUUUUGGUGCAUAGAGCUGUUACUCUACAAGUAGGUGCCUUAAUCACAAUGGGAUGCGUUCUAUCCGUCGAUCCAAAAAUCGAUGAAGUACUAAAAGCAAUAGAGAAAGAUACUGUGCCAUCUAAAAUAUCAACUUCAAUGAGUUCUACGAAAAUUACUUUUACGACGCAUAAAGUUGAUGCUGAGGAAUGCGAUGACUUUGAAGAGGGGUAUUCUGACGAUGAAAUGUUCACUGCUGCGGAACCCUUAGUUCAAAGUGGGGACGAUAAAGUAGAAGGGUAUUACUUUAGAACUUGGAUACUAGAUAUAUGCUGCAAGAAUAUGGGCUGGGUAUUGAAAGGAAAUGAAAUUAUGCGAAUCAAACCGUCACCCAUCCCCGUAAUACUGGAGUCGUUACAAGUGCUGUCGGCGGCAGCGUUUCACUACCUAGAGGAACUACUGGACAGGCACCUCACUCUGCUUGGCGACAUCCUCAGCGACUUGCUGCAGUAUGAGCACCAGGACGUGGUGGUGCAGACUGCCAGCGCUAUCAGUCUUAUCGGGGACGGAAUACAAAAAUUAGAACUAGCCAACAAGCCACCCCCUCUAAGUCAUUGCAUCUAUAUGUGGGAGAAGUUAGUAAUACCAUUGUCUACCGUCCUGCAAUGCCCCGAAACCAGUCCAGCCAAGGCUGUGGUUUGCGACUGUAUCGCCAACAUUGGGGAGAGAACUUUCAAAGAGUUACCACGUCGUCUUCAAGUGCUAUGUUGCACGCUUCUGAUUGGUUCGUGCAGUGACGAGGAGCCGACGGUACGCGCGGCCGCUGUGCGAGCGUUGGCUAUGCUUGUCAUGUACCGAACGCUUCGAGAAGAUAUAUGUUUCGUCAGUGACUGUGGCGAGAAUGUACUGCGUGCACUAGCAGAGCCGACCACGGUUGUAAGAAUCAAGGCAGCUUGGGCGCUUGGCAACCUUUGUGAUGCUCUCGUUCUGAACUUGGAGGAUCCGGAAUGUGACGACAUCGACGAUACUCUUCUGAUCCGCCUACUCGAGGUUAGCAUACAGUGCGCAACGGACAACGAUAAGGUAAAAAUGAGUGCGACACGUGGCCUUGGUAAUCUACUGCGUUUGAUAAAGAAUGAGAAUCUAGUCAGGAACACGCAAUUAAGGACCUUAUGUGAGACAGCAAUUGGAAAGCUAAUGGAUUGCGCGUGUAAAGUGAACAAUAUGAAAGUAAGAUGGAACGCAUGCUACGCUAUGGGGACUGCAAUGAAGAACGGACAGCUGUUCACUUGUUUUAGUGGCUGGCAGAAUCAAGUAUUCUCCAGCCUAUGUUCUUUAACGAGAGAGUGUAAGAACCUCAAGGUACGUAUAAACGCUGCGGCGGCACUACGCGCGCCGAGUGCGCGUGCGCAAUACGCCGAGCACUACGCACUCGUGUGGCGCGGCGUACUCGCAGCAAUGGAGAACGCAGCUGACGUAGACGACUUCAAUGAAUAUAAACACAAAGAUAAUUUGAUUGAACAGCUAUGUGUAACGCUAGCUCACCUAUGUUGCCUGCUAACCCAGGCCGACUUGGCAGACAUAUUGGAUCCUUUAGUCUUCCACUAUGAAAACGCUAAGGCUACGUUCACACAAGUAUGCCAUAAGCUUCCACCAGAGAAUGCAUCCUGUUUGAAAAUACUACAAGCUGCAAAAUACGUCACUGUUGAUCUAACUGCCUCUAAUGAUACGCAGAUGCAAGCCUUAAGUAUGUUACAAGAUAUAUUUAUAUGGGAUAUGUAGGUAUAAUACUGAUCUUUAUCGUGUGUGCAAUAAGAGCGGUUUUUGUAGUUGUUAUAGCGUGAUGUUGUUUAUAA